AUGGAUCGAGUCUUUCUCUGUCUCGCUGUCAUUUCGGGAUUGCUUUCUUUCACAGGGGGCUGUAAGAAAUUACUCUUUAAGACAAGAUACGAAAACAAAGCUCUUACUGGUUUUGUGAUCAAAACAACCAAUGCAUCAAACAACGAUAACUGUCAAGUUCAUUGUUACUUUGAGAACCGAUGCAUCUCGUAUAACUUUAUGUCAAAGAAAAAGUCAUGUGAGCUGUGUGAAACUAAUCACGUGAUGGAUGCCGAGAACUUGAUUGACAGGCCAGGAUCUAUUUAUAGCGCCGCAGAGACGAAUUGUAGUUGUGCGAAAAAUGAAAAAUGUCGCUUCAACGAAACGGAAAACACAUUCAUUUGUAAAGCGACUGGCAAGCCCUCUCCAACAACUCUUCCGACUGUGACAGCUAAUCCAUCAACUCCAUCGCCAUCGCCUACAACGACUGGCAAGCCCUCUCCAACAACUCUUCCGACUGUGACAGCUAAUCCAUCAACCCCAUCGCCAUCGCCUACAAGUUGUGUGCUUAAUUUUCCAAGAAAUUCAAAGGACGACUUCGUUAAGAUCAACGCUGCUGUGUCUAASACAAUUUUAUUGUUUUCAUUGUCAUUUUGGCUAAAGAUUACUUCUUCCAAUAGACAGACWSUCGCCAUUUUGUCAUACGUCAGACAGGAAGAUGAGUUAUUGAAAGUUCAAAUAAAUAGCGAUGGUUUAGCCGAGGUUUUCAUCAUACUUGGGGAGAACAACGACAUCAGUGGAAACUGCCUUAUCCAAUCAAAUCUUGUCCGUGACGGUACAUGGCAAAGUUUCACAUUAGCGCAACCACAGCGGAAAAAAUUAACUCUUUAUAAAAACGAAAAGCUGCAAGAUACAAAACCUAUUUCUUACAACAAAAAUCUUAAUAUGUUCAUCUUGAAAGGAAUCCAAAGUGGUGGUACGUUUCAUUUGGGAAUUACCAAGACUUCUAAGCUGCAAGGACAUAUUGCAGAUGUUGAUUUCAAGUCUUCUUAUUCAAUUUAUUCCAAGAAGCUAAUUUUUUCUUGGGACGAUGUUCUUGAKUCUGGUUAUAACGGCCUUGUCACUAAACAAUGCCCUUCUGAUAUCUAA